AUGCAACAAAUCACCGACUUCUUUUAUCAUGCUAAGGGCGAUCUCUUCUAUGGAUUUCUCCUUUUAUUUUCUUCCAUUUUGGCUUUUUUACUCAGAUAUUUUGGAUCAUUUGGUACUCGACGAAAACUGGAUGGUUUUAUUGGAUUUGGAAUUACGCUUUUUGUAGCGGGGAGAAUGUUGUUUUGCUCUUUAAUUGUUGUUGUUGUACAUUUAGUUAUGUUCCGAUUUAUUAGAAAUCCGAGAAUUUUAACAAAUUUGUCUUUCUACGGAACUUUUGUUUUCUUAGCCAUUCUUCGUUUGAUACAUUUUGUUGGUCUUCCAAGGCUUGAAUUUGUUACAAAUGCCAUCCAACUUAUUCUUACUUUAAGGGUAAUCGGAUUAAGUUAUGAAAUUGCUGAUUUUCGAUUAUCAAAAAAGUCUGACAAUAAAAAGAUUGAAUAUUUUAUUGAAAAAGAGCCUUCAACAUUUGAAGCUUUUAAUUAUUUUUAUAAUUUUACAGGCCUUUUUACAGGUCCUUAUUUUACUUAUCGCACUUAUUCGGAUGCUUUAACAAAAUGGAAAAGGCCACUUGUAUGGAGUAAACUUAAACCAUUGUUAACAGGAAAAAUGAAAACCUUGAGUUGGUCAUUGCCCUCAUUAAUUUUCCUAACAUGGCUAGACCCUGUGAAUGUUCUUCGUGGUGAACGUACUGCUUCUCUUUUGGGACUUUUUUAUGAUUUUGUUUGGUGUGCACUUGCAUUUUUAUAUCUCAGAAUGCGAAUAUAUAGUGCUUGGAUGGUUGCUGAAUCAAUUUGUUUAUUAACUGGUAUUGGACUUUAUCCAAAAGAAGGAAAAUCAACACCGGGUAAUGGACCGACGGAAAUGCAAAAAAUUAUGGAUAUCGAUUGGAAUGAUGUGUCCAUUGAAUUCGAUUCUGAAACCAUUAAUAACCUGGAUAUUCCUAAUGUAGAACAUAGUGAUGGUUUUCGUUCAGGAAUGCGCGCGUGGAAUAGAACAGUUCAGUUCUGGCUUGCCAAUUUUGUAUAUAGACGAAGCGAUAGAUCAAUUAGAAUGUUCUACACUAUGUUAGUUAGUUCCUUUUGGCACGGAAUCCAUCCUGGAUAUUUUCUCUCAUUCUUAACCAUUCCUCUUUGUACAGCCGCAGAAGAUAAAUUAUUCAAUACAUUUACUAUAGAGAAUAGAACUAAAUUAUUACAAAUUUCGUGGAGUUUUAUCCGGACGCGCGGAUUUGAAUUUAUGGCUGCUGGCUUCCUACUUCUUGAUGGUUGGGAUACUUUAAGACUUUGGGGAAGAAUGUACUUUUGGUUGCAUUUUGCUAUGUUGUUCGUAAUUGUGGCAACUUAUUUACUAAAAAGUGAGCCAAAUACAAAGCAAAAAGAUCAACGAACAAAAUUCCCGUCUAACGAUGAACAAAAAAUGAACUGA